AGGUUGCGCAUCGUGCUCGACGUGGCUGGAAAGCCGAGGGCGGCGGAGGAGAGCAAGUGGUGGCGAAGGAACACGAGGGCCCCGGAUUCGUUUCGCGUGCGAGCUCAGUGCGAGCCGCGCUCCGCACGAGUGUUCGUCCAGCUGUUCGCCAAAGGGUGGUGGAUAACUUCCGCGCGAGGACACUGGCGAUCCGCAGGUAAGGGAAAAUGUGCGAGGUACAGCCGACUUACAAACUGAUCUACUUUAACGCCCGUGGUCGUGCCGAGCAUAUACGCUACAUAUUUGCAUACGCUGGCAUCGACUAUGUCGACGAGAGGAUCCCCAAAGAACGGUGGCCUGAAUUGAAGAAAUCGAUGCCUUAUGGAAUGCUGCCUGUUCUGGAGAUAGACGGGAAACCGAUAGCGCAGAGCAACGCUGUGGCGAAAUACCUGGCUAGGAAGCACAAUCUAACCGGAAAGGACGAAUGGGAGGCGAUGAUGUGCGACGUUCUCGUCGAUACUCUUGGAGAUCUCAAGCAAUCUAUGUCUCAGUAUCGCACCGAGGAGGACCACUUCAAGAAAGAGGAGAAGAAGGCGAAACUUCUGAAAGAAACGAUACCGUUUUACUUGAACAAGUUCGAGCAGACCGUAGGCGAGAACGGGGGUUACACUGUUGGCUCCACCACAACGUGGGCGGACUUCGUGUUCGCGGUGGCACUCGAGAAUUUCGAGAAUAUAUUUGGAGCGACAGCUUUGGAAAAUUAUCCGAAUCUCCGAGCACUGAAGAAAAGGGUUCACGAGAUACCUGCUAUCGUUGACUGGCUGGCGAAACGACCUCACACAGAGUUUUAA